ACAGACACACAACUGGGCAGGUUAAUGAUCACCAACCUUGACUAGGCCCAACACUGCUGGAAAUCCUCUUUUUCUCUCUGAUUCCCCUGUGGUCUGAAACAACAGUUUCUUACCUUAUUCACAUUCUUCAAAUCUCUCCCUCCUACUCUCUGCUUUUGACUUUGCCUCUUACUUUAUUGCGAAAACACAUGCCCAUCAGAUAAAAACUCCCUCAUCUUCCUGUGGACUUUUUUUUUUUUAAUGAAAAUAGCUUUUUUUUUCUCCUAAUGAUAAAAAUGUGUUCACUGUAGGAAACCGAAAAACUGAAAAAUAGAAAGAAGAAAGUGAAGUUUCUCCCAAAUCCUACCACUCAAAGAUAAACAUUGGCACUAUGUUGGUAAAUAUUCUUCCAGACAUGUUUUUCAAAUAUGCGUACAAUUUUAUAUAAGUGUAUACCUUCUGUGUAAAGUUUUUUCUUUCUUUUUUUUUUGAUAAUUUACAUAUUAGUGGGAUUAGUUGGCCCCUGUAGCUGCUUAUGCCUCUCCCUAUUCAUACCUAGGUGGAAACCAUCCUAAGUGUUUUUUAGUCACUCAAAUCUAUAUAAUUACAUCUUUUUGAGUAGUUGCUAACUUUUGUCUUGUUUAAACGCAGGAGUAGGAUAUAGGCAUUUCCCUAGCUUUAUACCUUUAGGUUGUUUUCACAGCAAUGUUUUUAAAGGCUGUCUGAGUAUUCCACUAUCUGGUACCAAUGUACCCUAAGUUGCAUAACUAGUCCACAUUUGACUAGGUGAACAUUUAAGUGGUUUACAAUGCUUCAGUGAAUGUUUCUGUUAAUCUGUCUUUGCAAAUCUUUCCAACUUUUCCUUUAGAAAAAUUCCUAGAAGAGGAAUUGUCAGGUAACAGGGUACACACAUUGAAGAUUUUGAUACAUAUUGCCAAACUGCCCUCCAGAAAAGUUGCAAUAAUUUGUACUCCUACCAACAGUGCACAAGAGUACCUGUUUUGUGUAUCUUGCCAACUUGAGGUUUUGUUGAUCUUUUUAACCUUUGCCAAUCAGAUAAAUGAAAAAAAUUUACCUUGCUUUAAUUUGCAUUUCUUUGAUACUGAUGAGGUUGGAUAUCUUUUCAUGUCUUUAUUGGCUAUGUUUCUUCCUGUGUAAAUUGUCUGAUCAUGUUCUUUGCUGAUUUAUUUGCUAGAGUAUUUGUCUUUUUCUUUUUAAUUUUAAGAGCUCUUUUUGUUAACUCUUUAUGUGUCACAUAUGUUGGAAGAAACCUCUUUCUAGUCUGUGAUUUGUCUUUCAACCUUACUUAUAGUGCCAUUCAGAAGAUUUUAAUUUUUAUGUUGUAAAACCUAUCAUUAUUUUUCCUUUUUGAUUCUGGUUUUCAGAUCGUGUUUAGAUCUUGCCAUUGUGUUUAUAAAAUGUUCACUCAUAUUUUCUUUUAGAAAUUUUAUGAUUCAAUUUAAUCUUUGAUUAAUCCAGACUUUAUUUUGGUAUAUGAAGUGAGGCAGGGAUCUAGCUUUAUUUUUUUAAAUGAAUAUUCUGUUGUUUCAAUGCUUUUGCGUGAAUAAUCCCUUUCCCCACUGAUUUGAAUCAUUUCUCUGUACAUUUGGGUCUGUUUCUGGACUCUAUUUUGCUCCAUUUAUCUGUCUGCACAAUUACCACACAAUUUUAUUUACGGUAGUUUUAAUAUCUUGUAGAACAAGCCCCUGUCCCUUACUCCAUUAUUACUUUUGUUUUUAUAAUUUUCCUGACUAUAAUUGCAUAUUUAUGCUGAAAGUGUUUUUCUUCUUUUAACAAGAUAUAAUGCUACCUUAUUAAGUAAUUUGCAUUCUUGGUUGCUUACUCUCUUUUAAUCCACUCUAUUAAUGAGAGUCUUAAUAAGCUCUCAUUAGAGUCCAAGCUGUUCACCAGCCUUAUGUACUAUCUAUUUCACCAUUUUUGCAUCAAUUUGUUAAAAGGUAGGAGCAGGAAAUUUAUAGUUUAUGAAACGGUAAGGGAAGAUAAUCUACAGCAUGUUGAGUGUCACUUAAUGGCAUUUUACUACUCACUCUUGCAUAUCCUCCUCAAGAUGCACCUGCUUCUUUUAUUAUCCCUUUUCCUCUUCUCUCUUUUACCUUUUUUCUAUCUCUUUUAAUUCUCUCUUCCUUAUAACAUCUAGGGAGGCCAUCUAGACCAAAAACAAAAAUAUUGGCGAUACCCAUACAACAUAAGGGUUUUCACUCUUUCUGUAUUUUUUCCUUUAUUCACUGGCCCUUUCAAUGCAGUGGUGCCUACUCAGUAGCUCUGACUUUGGAGUCAUAUUUACAGUCAGUAUUAGUCAAUAGAGUCAUUUGAUUCUGUAUGCCUUAUAUAAUCUUGGACAAUAUAACAUCAAUUCUGCUACAGACAUUAUUAAUCAUUAAGAGCUCUAAGAUGCGUGUGAAAAGACCACUGUAGGCUUGAGAGCUAGGUCUAAUUAUCACCCUGUUCAUUCAUCUGUUCAUCCGUGAAUGAAGAAGUUAUGGUAGAGCCAGGUGCCUGGGUGGGAUGAUGGAAAUUGGGAGCCUUUAGUUUGCCAGCCAGAAAGUGGGGAACAAUAAUGGGAACUAACAUUUGUUAAGUAUGUACUGUACGCCAGCCACUGUUGUAGAUGACUUAUGCACAAUAUUCUAUUGAACCAGAAGCCUAGAACUACUUUUAUUCCCAUUUUACAGAUGAGGAAAUUGAGGCCCUGAGAUUGUAAGUAGCUAGCACCAGGUCACACAGUAUGCGGCGCAACAGGAUUCAGUCAGCUAUGGGAUGCUCUACUGCCCUUUUCCACCAGACUUCUUUCCCUAAUUUAGCAAUCUAGGAUUGUGAAAUGAAUACCAAAUUGCAGGAUGCAAAAGAAGAGGAGUUCAUCGCAGUACUUUCUUUUCCCUUUUUUCUUCACUCGAUGUGAUCUAGAUGCAGAGAAUUUUGAAGAGGGAAAAGAAAUUUUUUUUUAGAAACCCUGUCUUUUCCAUGAUAAAUAUUGACUGACUCUGAGAGUCUUAGGGUCAGAAGGGAACUGUUAAUGUUCCCAGAAUUGAAGCCACAAUCUCUCUUCUUCUUCGUGUUAGCCAGCUCCCUGUCUGGCUUGACUGAAGUGCAUAAGGCUUAAAAGAGGGGUAUGUGAGGGAAGAAGUGGGAGGCUUGUUAAUGGUUUGAUUUUGGGUUCUUCUCCAAAUUUGGAGGCAUCAUGCCUUAACACUGUUGUCUCUGAAUGGAGGUUUAAGUAGAGGCCAAGUCCUUGGUUGCAAGCAUCACCUAUAGAUUCAGCUGGAAUCAAACAUGUUACUAUAUAUUCCGCCCCCACCCCUAAAACCAUUUGUUUGGAGAUGGGUGGGACCCCUGCCCUCGCUGUGAGCCUGCAGAGGAGUCAGUUUCCUUCAGGUUUGACAAGGGCAGGGCAGCAGAAACACGUCUUGGAACUACAGGGUUUUUCAGUCUCCUCAAUUUCUGAUAUUUCUGACCGUUGCCGCUCUUGAUUAAACAGUGGGCAACGUUGUUUACUUUCCCUUCCUUCCCUUUGUCCUUCCUUCCUCUUCUCUCCCCUUUCCCCUCCCUGGUCCCUCCAUCCCUGUUCUUCCUUUUGAAGGCCUGCUCUCCUCUUUCCCGUAACCACGGUCGUCUGCACUCUUCUUCCCUCAAUAACUGUAGUCUGCUUCCGGUAUUACAUCAUAAUUCCUUACUCUCUGAACUGCAUCCCCAGGACCGCAGGCCUAGACUGCGCGUCAAGGCGUAAGCUCUGCCGUAGAGAGUAAAGGCCAAUAGGGAGUGGCCUUUUGUUGACGUCACUAUAGGGGGAGGAGCUUCCCGAGCGUCGACGGGCACCUUGGAUCCAGUUUGUGGAGACUGCCCUGUUGCGCGUUGGCGGUCCCGGCUGAGGCUUGAGCCAGGGCUUUAAAAAUGGACGAUGUUGAUUUUCGUUUCAUGGACUUUAAAGAAAUUAUUGAAAACCUGAUUGUAAAAGGUAAUUCACCUAGCAUACAUGAGGCCAUUGAUAGACUCUUCAUGGACAUAGCAAAUAUCAACAGGGAGUCUAUGGCUGAAAUGCAGGAUGCUCAGGUUGAAGAAAUGGCAGUAAACCUGUGGAACUGGGCAGUUACCAGGAGAGUAGGUUUGGUUAUAAGUGAAGAGCAGAAAGCUAAAUUACAGCAUGUUGCUUGCAAGUUGGUGUGUAUGUGUGAAGACUCAGCUGUUUCAGAAGAAGCUAUUCAAAAACAGAUUUUGAUGAAUAUGAAAACAGGAAAAGGGUGGCUGGAUGUUGGCAAUGCUGUGACCGCUGAUGAAUUUUUUCAAGUUGCCAUUGCUGGUCUGGAGCAAUUAUAUGUCAGAUUAAUGCAGAGGAGCUCCACUGAGGCCCACGUGGCUAUGCAGAAGAUUGCUGUAGAGAGGGACCUUUUCAAAGUGCUUUCCUACCAAGCAGAGUCAGCAGUUGCUCAAGGGGAUUUUCAAAGAGCGUCUGCAUGUGUACUGCGCUGUAAAGAUGUGUUGAUGAGGGUCCCCAAAAAGACCAGAUAUCUUCAUAUUCUCUGUUACAACUUUGGAGUAGAAACCUACAAGCAGAAUAAAUAUGAAGAAAGUUCUUUCUGGCUUAGCCAAAGCUAUGAUAUUGGGAAGAUGGAGAAGAAUUCUAUUGGGCCAGAAAUGCUGGCUAAAGUUCUACGAUUACUAGCCACUGCUUAUUUGGAUUGGGACGACAGAGAAUAUUAUGAUAAGGCUCUCAGUGCUAUAAACCUAGCAAACAAGGAACAUUCACAUCCAGCUGGGCUUUUCUUAAAGAUGAAAAUCCUCUUGAAGGGUGAAAUAGCUAAUGAAGAACUCCUUGAAGCUGUCAUGGAAACACUACAUCUUGACGCGUCUUUAGAUGUCUGUCUGAACAUUGCUAAACUGCUGAUGGAUCAUGAUAGGGAAUCUGUUGGAUUUUAUUUCCUGAAGAUUAUCUGUGAACAUUUUAAGUCAUCAGAAAAUAUUGGAAAAGCUCUACUGCUCCACAUUGACAUGCUUUUAGAAAGGAAAGAAGAAUUACUUGCCAAGGAGAAGAUUGAAGAAAUCAUUGUAGGUCACCAAACAGGAAGACAACUGACAACAGAAUUAGUAGGCUGUUUACACGACAUUCUGUGGAAAAAAGCUGCCAGAAGUUUUGAGGUACAAAAUUACCCUGAUGCCUUACAGUGGUACUGUUAUUCUCUGAGAUUGUAUGCAUCUGAUCAAAUGGAUUUGGACUUGGCCAAGCUGCAAAGGAACAUGGCUGCCUGUUACCUGCAUUUGAAACAACUUGACAAGGCUAAAGUGGCAGUGGCAGAAGCUGAACAACGUGAUCCUACAAAUAUUUUCACUCAAUUUUAUGUAUUCAAGAUUGCAGUCUUAGAGGGCAACUCUGAUAGAGCUUUGCAGGCAAUUACUUCUUUAGAGCAUUUAUUAACUGCUGAAGAGCCAGAAGAAAAUAACCUACUUACAGAUAGAGGUUCAACUGUCAUGCUCCUCAGUUUAGCUGCCCAGUUUGCUCUAGAGCAUGGACAACAAAUUGUGGCGGGAAAAGCUUUGGAAUAUUUAGCUCAAUAUUCAGAAGACCCACAACAAGUUCUUACAGCUUUAAAGUGUUUGUUUCGUCUUGUUCUUCCAAAAGUUUCUCAAAUGCCAGAAUCUGAAAACAAAAAGAAAGAAAUGGAUAGACUCUUGACUUGCUUGAAUAUAGCACUCCUGAAACUUGCUCAGUUUUUUGAUGGAAAAGCCUCAACUUCAGACUCAAGGACUAAUGAAGCUCAUUGGUUUCGAAAAAUAGCUUGGAACUUGGCUGUGCAAUGUGACAAAGACCCAGUGACAAUGAGAGAGUUUUUCAUGCUUUCUUAUAAGCUGUCCCAGUUUUGUCCUUCUGAUCAAGUCAUUCUGAUUGCACAGAAAACAUGUUUACUUAUGGCAGCUGCAGUUGAUCUAGAGCAAGGGAGAAAAGCUUCAACAACUUUUCAACAGACCAGGUUACUGAAUCGUGCACUUGAACAGAUCCAUAAAUGCAGAGACAUCUGGAAUCUCCUGAAAGAAACAGGGGACUUCUCGAACGAUCCAUGUGAGACAUUGCUUCUGCUGUAUGAGUUUGAAGUUAAAGCCAAAAUGAACGAUCCAUUCCUGGACAGCUUCUUGGAAUCAGUGUGGGAACUGCCUCAUUUAGAAAGUAAAACAUUUGAAACAAUCGCAUCAUUAGCAAUGGAAAUGCCUGCCUGCUAUCCUUCCAUCGCUCUAAAGGCCUUGAAAAGGGCUUUAUUGCUCCACAAAAGGAAAGAAUCAAUUGAUGUUUUGAAAUAUAGCAAAUGUAUGCACAACUUGAUUAAUCUCCUAGUGCCAGAGCGGGUGCUGAGUGCAGAACUCUGUCCCCUGGAAGAAGUUUGGGGCUAUUUUGAGGAUGCUCUGCACCUUAUUAGCCACACCGAAGGCUACCCAGAAACGGAGAUUCUCUGGCUGAUGGUCAAGUCCUGGAAUAUUGGAAUAUUUAUGUACGGCAGUAGCAAGUAUGUAUCUGCUGAAAAAUGGUGCAGCCUGGCAUUGCGCUUCCUUGACCACCUUGGCUCCCUCAGGAGAAGCUAUGAAAUUCAGAUGAAUGUUCUGUAUAGCCAGCUUGUGGAAGCAUUAGAUAAAAACAAGGGCUCACUUUUUAAUAAAGAGUGAGAACCACUGGAACAAGGCAUAGGAGCAGGCAAGCUGACAGCAACUUGAAGAAGAUCUAUGGUCCUGAGAUGUUGAAUAUUUAAAUUCUUGCGAAACUUUCUCUUGAGCUUUUGUUUCUCUUUUCUCAGGCCCUAUUUUCAUGUUGUUAAAUGAAAUUUUCUAAAAUAAAAGUAUUUUGGCUUUUACUGUUGCUUUUACUGCUCAUUUCUGAGGACAAAUGAAUUUCCCAAAGUGCCAAGAAGUAUAUAUAUUGAAAUAGCCCAUGUGAGAGCAAGAUGAUUCAUGCCCCAUGUGAACAAAAGGGAGUGUUCACCUCGGUCCAACACAGGGUGCCUUUUUUUCCAGAAGUGCUCAAAUUCCCGAUACCUGAAAAUGACAGAGAACCACAGGCUCUUCAUCAGGAGGACCUUAGCGGUCUUUGGGCAUUGAUCGGAGUCCUGAAAUCUAUGACAUCCUUGAGAAUCCAGUCUCUAUCAGAACAUAUCCGAUGACAGGGAACUCCUGAGAUAGUUCAAUCUACCUUUUUUGCUAAUUGGUAAAAAGCCCUUCCUCAAACUGAACAGAAAUUAGUCUCCCUAGAACAAGUGUGCUUUCUCUGUCCCAGAUGCCCUUUGGAGACUGAAGACAGGAGUCAGGCCCCUCCCUGUCCUCUUGGCUUUUUCUUCUUCCGGUUAAACCUCCUCAGACCCCACACCUGUUCCUCACAGGACGUGGUCACCUCGCCUUCCAAGAGCGGUGAGCUCUGACCCACACAGAGCUCAGCAGCCGCUUUCUGGCUAGACCUGCACUGGUGCACUGCAAGACCACAGUGGCUUUUCUUCCCCAGCUGAUUUAUAUUAACAUUUUUUAACUUUUGAUUUUGAAAUUGUUUCACACUUACAGAAAAGGUGCAAGUAAGCACAAAGAAUUGCCAUAACCCUUCACCCAGCUUCCCCAUUUGUCAAUAUUUUACCAUGUUGCCUUAUUGUUCUCUCUCUGCGUUUCUUUCUGAACCCUUUGAGGUUAAUUUGCAGACGUCUUGCUCCAUUACUCCUUAGUACCUCAGUGUAUUGUUCCUAAAAACAAAGAUACUCUCUUACAUGACCACAAUACAACCAUCAAGAUCAGGAAAUGAACAGUGAUAGAAUUCUACCAUCUAAUCCACAGACCCCAUUCGAAUUUCACUGAUUGUCCUAAUAAAAUCCUUCAUAAAAGUUGCAUUUAGUUGUCACGUCUCUUUCAUCUCCUGCAGACUAAAACAGUUCCUCAGUCUUUCUUUACCUUUCAUGACCUUGACAUUUUUGAAGAGUAGAGGCUAAUUAUGUUGUAGCAUGAACCUCACUUUGGGUGUGUCUGAUGUUUCCUGAUGAUUAGAUUCAGUUUUUGCCUUUUUGGUAGGCAUACCACAAAAGUGAUGUGUUCUUCUUGGUGUAGCACACCAAUAGACAUACGGUGUCAAUUUGUCCCAUCACUGCUUAAAGUUAAGGUGGUGUCUACCAGGUGCUUAGUGAUUAAAAAGUAAUUAUGAAGUACUUUGUGAAAGAUACUUUGAAACCAAAUAUUCUGUUCCUCAUUAAACUUUCACUCAGUAGUUUUGGCAUCCAUUGAUGAUUCAUGCCUGAAUCUGUUUUUACUAUGAUGGUUACUAAAUGUUAAUUUUUUAAUUUCCAUCAUUCCCUCUUCAGUUAUUAGUUGGUGUUUAUUAGGUAGAGCAUUUUCUUCACCCCCACUUAUUUAUUCAUGUUUUUAAAAUGUUUUAGUACAGGGGCCAGCCCCGUGGCCUAAUGGUUAA